AUGAAAGAGAAGUCCAAAAAUGCUGCCCGGACUAGACGGGAGAAAGAAAACAGUGAAUUUUAUGAACUGGCGAAAUUACUACCCCUGCCCUCCGCUAUCACCUCUCAGCUGGACAAAGCAUCCAUAAUCAGGCUCACCACCAGCUAUUUAAAAAUGAGGGUGGUUUUUCCAGAAGGACUUGGAGAAGCCUGGGGUCACUCUAGCCGAACCAGCCCACUGGAUAAUGUUGGACGGGAAUUGGGAUCCCAUCUUUUGCAGACGUUGGACGGUUUCAUAUUUGUCGUUGCUCCUGAUGGCAAGAUCAUGUACAUCUCGGAGACCGCCUCGGUGCACCUGGGCUUGUCGCAGGUAGAGCUGACCGGCAAUAGCAUUUACGAGUACAUCCACCCCGCCGACCACGAUGAGAUGACGGCGGUGCUCACGGCCCACCAACCCUACCACUCGCACUUUGUGCAGGAGUACGAGAUCGAGAGGUCCUUUUUCCUGAGGAUGAAGUGCGUCCUGGCCAAGAGGAACGCGGGUCUGACCUGUGGGGGUUACAAGCUACUGCAGUUCCGUACGGGUCAUUCCAGUAACCCAGGACAGCUUGGAUGCCUGUGUGUGUGCCGCGGGUUCCUCCCGCGUUUCACCCACCCGGCAUCGGGUGCGUGGCAGAGCCGCUUGUGCCAAUGCAGGCUCCUGGAAGAGGAACAGGUUUGCCCGCUGCAGCCUAGUCGUGUUAUAAACCCAGUGAGGCAAAACGUGCUUCCAAAAGAGACAGACAAACCUUUGCAUAUCGACUCUCGUGUGCGGAAGCCGAGGAGAAAGCAAAAGAGGGAUACUGAAUAUAAAGGACUACAGCUCUCCCUGGAUCAGGUCACUGCUACCAAGCCGGCAUUCUCAUAUGCAAAUUCAACUCCGACCAUAACGGAUAAUAGAAAGGGAAGCAAAUCUCGCCUCUCGAGCACAAAGUCAAAAUCAAGGACAUCACCAUACCCACAGUAUUCUGGAUUUCACACUGAGAGAUCCGAGUCUGACCAUGAAAGCCAGUGGGGCGGGAGUCCCCUGACUGAUACAGCUUCUCCCCAGCUACUGGACCCCGUGGACAGACCGAGCUCCCAGCACCACGAUGUCUCCUGUGCCUACAGACAGUACUCAGACCGCAGUGCUCUCUGCUACGGUUUUGCACUCGACCACUCCAGGCUGACUGAUGACAGACAUUUCCAUACUCAGGCCUGUGAAGGAGGCAGAUGUGAAGCUGGCCGGUAUUUCCUUGGCACACCGCAGCCGGGAAGGGAGAGCUGGUGGGGUUCUCGUUCAGCAUUGCCUCUGACCAAGUCAUCCCCUGAGAGCAGAGAAGCAUAUGAAAACAGUAUGCCCCACAUAACGUCAGUGCACAGGAUUCAUGGGAGAGGACACUGGGAUGAGGACAGUGUUGUUAGUUCACCCGAUCCUGGCUCUGCCAGUGAAUCAGGCGACCGAUACCGUACUGAGCAAUAUCAGAGCAGUCCGCAUGAGCCCAGCAAAAUUGAAACUCUAAUAAGAGCCACCCAGCAAAUGAUUAAAGAGGAAGAAAACAGACUACAGCUGAGGAAAACAACCCCUGAUCCGCUGGUCUCCAUUAAUGGCACAGGGAAGAAGCAUGCUAUCUGUUUUUCAAACUACCCACAGCAGCAGUUGGCAGGGGACGUCUGCCGUGUCCCAACAGUUGCCAACACUCCUCCAUGUGAACACAUCCAGCAACGAGAUGGAAAGAUUAUGAGCCCACAUGAAAAUGACUAUGACAACAGCCCCACAACACUGUCUAGGAUAAGCAGCCCCAAUUCUGACCGAAUAUCAAAAUCUAGUUUGGUACUAGCUAAAGACUACCUGCAUUCAGACAUGUCCCCACAUCAAACUCCAGGGGACCACCCAGCAGCCUCUCCAAAUUAUUACAGCUCCCACAGGCAGUACUUUGAUAAGCAUGCUUACACAUUAACUGGAUAUGCCCUGGAGCAUCUAUAUGACACUGAAACCAUUAGAAACUAUUCACUAGGCUGUAAUGGAUCACACUUUGAUGUGACUUCUCACUUAAGGAUGCAGCAAGAUCCAGCACAAGGACACAAGGGAACAUCUGUUAUAAUAACCAAUGGAAGCUGA